GAACUGAAAGUCAGCUUCCCUUCCUCGCAGAAGCAAACCUACAGACAGACAUGGUAGCAUCAGCCAUCUCACCUUCUUCCAAUUUAUCUCUUUCUCUUCCAACCAGAACCAUCUCUUCCGAAGAACCCUGAGAGGACGAUAGUUUCAGCAUUUCCGAGUCAGCAUGCAGAUUCUUCAACAACUGGUUAAUUUUCCAGUUCUGCAAAUUCUGCAGAUUUCCUGCUUGUAAUUACGUACAUUGAUGCUUAAAGACUAUCUAUUAAAGAUGUGGAGUUACCUCGAAAGAUUGUCAAGAAUGAUUCACUUGAUUCUAAUCUAAGCUAUGGUGCUAUUGAAGCCAAAAGGGGAACCCACCCAUGAUGCCAGCAGUGAUGAUUCCAGGAGGACCUUUGGACCUCUCAAUUGUACUACUGAGAUAUCGCAUAAUCUUGACUGGGCAGCCAGUAACUUCACUGGUUGCUCAGAGAGUUAUAUCACAGCUGAUGACUCUUACAGCUAUUGAUGAGGAUGCAGAUAUCCUGGUGUAUUCAAACUGUCCUGGUGGAAGCCUUUAUUCUGUGUUGGCAAUUUAUGAUUGCAUGUCUUGAUCAAGCCAAAGGUUGGCACAGUUUGUUUUGGAGUAGCUGCAAGCCGUGGAGCACUUCUUCUUGCUGGCAGAGAGAAGGGAAUGUGGUAUGCAAUGCCAAAUGCACAACUUAUGAUAUAUCAACCACAGACUGGGUGUGGGGGUCAUUCGGAGGAUGUGAGAUGCCAAGUGGAUGAAGCAGUUCGAUCUCGCCAUAAAAUUGACAAAAUGUAUGCAGCUUUUACUGGUCAACCUUUUGAGAAAGUGCAGCUGUACACUGAGAGGGACCAUUACCUAUCUGUUGCUGAGGCCAUGGAGUUUGGACUCAUUGAUGGCAUCCUGGAAACAGAAUUCUAACAUGGAUUGGAUUUGCAAGUUCCUUGGAUUCUUCCAGAGUCCUACGCUGCAAUGUUCCCAAUGUGCUAUCAGAGGUGUCUUUUGUAAUGACUUGCAAUCUUUGUCAAAGGCUUGUAUUUGAUGCAGGUCAUAUCUCAAGGUUACCGGAGAUUUUGGUGGGGAAAUGGAAUUACCAUAUCAUUUUCCAAGACAAGAAUCCCAAAUUGUAUCUAGUGAUGAGAUUAUUACCCACCAUUAGAUUGUAAUGUCUUUGAGAACAGUGGUCUUUGAAAAUUUUUAAGGGGAAAAAACAUCCCACACCACGUCCACAAUCAAAUGGGAGAAGAGCCUUUAGCCACUAUAGGCUUAUUACUUGGUCUCAUCAAGUUUGUAUUUUCCUAUCAAGUUGCUAACCAGGAUCACUCUUUCUUUUCCUAUUCACUGUAAGGAAAUUGUUAUUGUUGUUUUUCAGAAAACCAAGAGUUGAGGCCUUUCCCAGAUUGCAGUUUUCCAGGGUUUAUCUUGGUGUUUCACAACUAAUGUUAAUGAAUUUUCAUGACAUAU